AUGAGCUGCAACUAUGCCGAUGGCUUAUCACCCUACGAAAACAAAGGAGUAUUGGGCAUACCAGAGAAAUUUGACAGUGAUGAGGAAAUUGAAGAGAAAGUCAACAAAUUAAUUGCAAUGUUGGAAAAUGCCAAACAUGUUGUUGUACAUACUGGAGCGGGGAUAUCAACAACGGCGGGAAUUCCAGAUUUUCGUGGCCCCAAAGGUGUUUGGACGUUGGAGGAGAAGGGUGAAAAACCCAAUUUAAAUAUAUCAUUUAAUGAUGCUGUACCCACUGUUACCCAUAUGGCUCUGCGUUGCCUUGUGGAAAAGGGCUAUGUCCAGUAUAUUGUUUCACAAAAUAUUGAUGGUUUACAUUUGAAAUCGGGAUUACCGCGACGCUAUUUAUCCGAACUGCAUGGCAACAUGUUUAUCGAACAGUGCAACAAAUGUCGUCGGCAAUUUGUGCGGACAUCGGCUGCCGAAACUGUGGGACAGAAACCGUGUGGUGGCCCUUGUCGUCGUUCCUGUCGUGGUGGCAUCCUUUUGGAUAAUAUCUUAGAUUGGGAACAUGAUUUGCCCGAAAGAGACCUAGAUUUGGCAUUUAUGCAUUCCACUUUGGCUGAUCUCAAUAUUACCUUGGGCACAACUCUUCAAAUCAUUCCCAGCGGCAAUUUGCCCCUUAAAAACAAAAAGCACAAUGGAAAGCUGGUCAUUUGUAAUUUGCAACCCACAAAACAUGACAAAAAAGCCGAUCUUAUUAUACACACCUACGUCGAUGACAUCCUCAGCAAAUUAUGCAAACGUUUGGGUUUAGAAAUACCCACAUAUCAGCAUGACGAGGAUCCCACCAAAUCUCCCAAUGAACAAAAUCAAGAGUGGACCAUUCCUCCGCAAAAUGUCAAAGAAAUUGAAAAACUAUUUAAUGCGAAACAGAAGGCAGCUUCGGCCCAACGCAAAGCUGGGAAAUCACAAUUUACAUUCUUUACGAAGAAAGAACCGUUUAUUGCAAAAAAGAAACGCAAAGCGGAAGGUGAUUGUCAGGAUGAUGACGAUGAUGAUGAAAAGGGAGCUAAAGUGAAAUUGGAAAAGUAA